AUGGCGCGCAUAAACAAGAAACCACGGGCACCUAAGAAAAAAGACAAAAAGCAACAACGCAAGAAACAAGCAGCCCUGGUUGAGCGUUGUAUUGAGGCACUAAACUCAAAUGUCACGCGAUUCCGUGAGAAAAUAUCCGUCGCCAAAGAAGUGGCUGAGAAGCCGCCGAAUGGGACACUCAAGCACUUCCAGCCCAUUCGAAUAGACACCGUGGAAAGAAGCGUUUUGACUGAGACAGCAGCAGCGCUCGACAAGAUAAGUGUCCUCUCAGAGAGCAACACUAAGGGCGAGACUUCUCGAAAUUGA